AGCAAUUUUCGACGCGUCGCAAAAGAAAAAUGUGCUUGUGCAAUUAAAAUCGGUCGGAAAAACUAAUAAUAAACGAUAUUCGGUGCACCUAAUUGCAUGGAAUUAGUGCGUAUGCGGUAAUAGUGCGGCAUUUGCAAAAACGCGCGCAAAUAGUGAGCUGACGAAAUACCACCAAAAAUCCCAACCAACAAAUCCCAGGCAGCCAGCAGCUACAAAAAUCGCCUAAUUUACGAUACAAAACACUUUUCGGGUGAAAAUCGAAAAACGCUGAAUUCCGGGCACGGGCAAAACACCGCAGGAAUUCAAAAAUGGAGACGCCUGUCGAGGAGCACGGCAUGGACCUGACAAAGGUGUCCGUGGUGCGGUCCGCCAAGGGCGUGGAUAUGCUCUGUGUGGACGACUAUCUGUACCACUUCGACCGCAUCGGGCGCAACAACACCUACCGUUGGCUGUGCAACAGACGCAAGGACAAGGCAACCCCCUGCAAGUCCCGCAUCUGCACCGUGCUGCCCGAUCCGCUGGACAAGACGCGCCACGUCGUCGUGGACGUGGUCCUAGCCCACAUCCAUCCGCGCUGCAGCGAUCAUGAGGUCAACAAGGUUGCCCAGCGCAAGCGGCUCUCCGUGAUGAUGAUGAACGACGCAUACAGCACCACCCAGCCGAAGAGAGCCCGUCAGUACGAGCGCGCCAACGCCGGCAUGAAUCCGCCGGAGUUCAUCUACGGAGGCAUCGACACCUCUGCCGUGGAGGCCUCCUUUCAGUUGGACUUUGAGGACAAGGACCGCGUGUACAUGCUGCGACGCCGCGAUGGCCGUGUUAUGGUCUGCAUCGACGGGCAUCUGUACUACCUGGCUGGAAAGUCGUACAAAGGGGACAUCUUCCGAUGGACCUGUGUGCGCAAGCGUGACAUCGAGUGCACGGCUAGGAUCUGCACGGAGGCGACUCUGGCAGGAGCACAUCGACUGCACGCCGUCGACUCCGAUGCACACAUUCAUCCGCACUACUCGGCCGCCAAGCUGAUGCAUAUGUUUUCCAAGCACCAGAUCGUUCUGGUAGAGGACGAACAGACCUCGGAUGUGCUGGCAGAGUGCCCCAAUCUGGAAUACUUCGAUCCGGAAAACACUUUCCAUACAUCCCAGCGGUGCGAUGAUUUGGAAUCCAUAAUUAUCGAGGAGUGCGAGGAUAACUACGAUGUGUAUGUAAGGACGGAAGAAGGCCAGGGCGAAGAGGUUCAUGGCGAUGAAGAGGUCGAGGGUCAGGAAGAGGAAGACGAUAAUUUGCUGGUGGACCCAAAACUGGACCACAACAGAAAGUGGCCACUGGCAUUUGAUGUAAUUGCCAACUAUAUCCCUCAGCCUGGCUUUAAUCCGCUCACGGAGACGGACUUAACCAAGUUUACAUUUCUUCCCUCGGCAAAGGGUCGGAAAGUACUGUGCUUGAGUCAGCACCUAUAUCACUUUGACUCCCAGAGCAGGUCCAAUGGACACAUGUUCUUUACUUGCAUAAAUCGACGUGACAAGGUCAACACCUGUCACGUCCGCAUUACCCUGGAUCCGGGUGAGGACGGACCAGUAGUAAUCCGAAUCAACGGAGAGCAUACGCACAAUCCAGAUAUGAAAGAAAUUGCUCGGCGGCUCAAGCAACAGGUCAAGCUUAACCAGGAGAACCCGCAAAAGCUACCAAAGAGCGAUCAUGGAGAAGAUGUCAGUUUUGAAAGCGACGAGGGAUCGGCCAGCCAGGGUACAGAGACCUAUGAAACGGGACAGAGCGUUGACGAGAGCUACGAGCACAUCGACACAAGCAAUGUAGUGAUGAAGAAGGUGAUUAGCAUCGAUGGUGCCAUCAAAAUGGAACCCGAAUCCAAGGCGAACAUGAUUGUGCAGUACCUCAAGGAUGGAGCGGACAACAUAAGCGCCAAGAUCGAGAUAUUGCCUGACGCGCUGGAGGAGCUCGACCCUCAAUCUCACGCUGCUUACGCGUCCACGCCCUUGCCAAAAGUUCGACAGCCCGAGAUUACGAACAUCCGCCGGCGACGCGAUGUGGUAGAGCCGACAAAGGGUGCGCAGCCGGAUAUGGACCUUACCAAGAUUUGUACCCUAAGGUCUGCUAAGGGCCAUGAACUCCUGUGCGUUGAUGGCUAUAUUUACCAUGCCAAGAAUCGAGGCGUAAUCUCACGCAACUACUGGGUGUGCAUCAAGAGCCGCGAUCCGGACAUCAAUUGCAAGAGUCGCAUCUCGACAGCCACCCAAAAGGAUGGCUCCAUUCGUGUACUUCGAGUGUACAACAGUCACAGCCAUCCUUUCAGCGAGGAUGACAUCAAGCGAAGAUUGUACAACGAGAUUAACAAGAAGAAUAACAAGAAUCUAAAGUUUAGACCGCUCCACUUUAUCGGAAAAUCGCUGGAACAGAUUCAGCAGGAGUAUGGUGAUUUGGCUAUCGAGCGACUUAAUGUGUCUAACAUAAGCAGCGAUAUAGUGGUGCACAAGAAACCACGAGCGCCGGGCAGUCAUAACAGCAGCUCCGCAGCAUUAUCCGUUUCGCACAAAGUUGAGCCUCAUAAUGAUGAUGAGGAUGUUGUCAUCGACGAGGAAGAGUUCCAAGAUCAAGAGGGCGAAGAAAUGACCCUCGAUGGCGAUCAUCAGUACGUCGAGAUGGACAACACAGACGGCAUCAUUGAGGUCGUGGAGGAAGUAGCUGAUGAUAUCGACGGCUACGGGUCUAUUGAACCAAUAUACACCAUGAAACUGUACGCCGUAUCCGAUGGGCCGCCUUCUUUGGCCGUUCGUAUGACCCUGAAGGCCUUGGAUAUUCAAUAUCAACUAAUCAAUGUGGACUUCUGCUCCUUGGAACAUCGUUCUGAGGAUUAUUCGAAGAUGAAUCCACAAAAGGAGAUUCCCGUGCUGGACGACGAUGGUUUCUACUUAUCAGAGAGCAUUGCCAUUAUGCAAUAUCUUUGCGACAAAUACGCGCCGGACUCGUCACUAUACCCACAGGAGGUCAACACGAGAGCGAUAAUUAAUCAGCGACUUUGCUUUAACAUGGGAUUCUACUACGCCCCCAUUUCAGCCCACAGCAUGGCACCCAUCUUCUUUGACUACGAACGUACGCCCAUGUCGCUAAAGAAGGUGCAGAACGCACUUGAGGUGUUCGAAACAUAUUUGGAGCGUCUGGGCACUAAAUACGCAGCCGGCGAUAAUAUUACCAUUGCAGAUUUCGCCCUUAUUUCGGCAACGCUUUGUUUGGAGGCAAUUAACUUCGAUUUGAUGCAGUAUCCGUUGGUGAACAAGUGGUACGAAACCUUCAAGGAGGAAUACCCGCAGCUGUGGGAGAUCGCUAACAGUGGCAUGCAGGAAAUUAGUGCAUUCGAGCAGAAUCCUCCUGACUUGUCCCAAAUGCAUCACCCAUUCCACCCGACGCGCAAGGCUAAAGCCUGAAGCAUUAGAUUUAAGACCCUUUCAGCAAGGGGAAGUAAAAACCUUAAUUUGUAAUUCUUGUGAAAUAUUCAAUAUAUAUAUAGGUAUGAAUAUAUAUGAUAUAAAUACUAAUAUUAUUUGGUUUCACUCUUAAAAUAUUUUUGAAAAAAGUUUCAAUGCUUGAGAACAUAUAUUUGAAUUAUAAAAAUUAAAUCUUAGAAAGUAAAGCAAAAAGUCAUUGUAAUUUAUGGAUGACUUGUGUCGUUGUAAAAUGCAAUUCAUUCAAGUUAGAGUACUGAAGCGUAUUGGUAUGAAACGGAAAAGGUCGUAUUUUAAAAAUAAUUGGCAUGGUCUGCACACUAAGCAAUAACAUAAAGGCUUUUUAAGAGUGAUCUUAACUUAUCAAUAUAAUCUUUUAUGUCAACCAUUUAAAGUCUUUGGAAAUCUAUUAACUAAUCAGCUUUUGUAUUUACUAGUAAACACUAUCAACCUCGUGUGUAUCAUUAACAUUAAAAUAGUAACACAA